UUUUGGCCGGCUGCAGCCAACUGCAUGGCGCAUGUGCUCACCUAUGUGUUGUUGUCUGCUCGGUGAGGCUUUAAAUGGAGAGAGCAAGGAGGCAUCAGCGAGCAGAGAAGAGCAAGGAGGCAUCAGCGAGCAGAGAAGAGCAAGGAGGCAUCAGCGAGCAGAAAAGAGCAAGGAGGAGAGCAAGGAGGAGAGCAGGGAGAGGAGAGCAGAGAGGAGAGAAGAGCAGAGCAACAAAUUAGUGUGAGCAGUCGAGCCCGAAGAGCUGCGGUGCAGCAGGACAGCCUUCCUUAGUAGCUUGAAAUCAUUGGCAUGGCUCACAUUCACCUUCCCGAGCUUCUUCAACUACGGUAUGACGAGAACCACAGGGGAAGGAUGAUUUUCGCAGGGCAACAGUUGCUCCCAUUGCGUUCCAGGAGUGUGCGCAAGCUUAAGGAGUUAGACCCUCGAUUCCACGAGCCCCUCGCACAGGCCAGACUCCUACCGUUUGCACUUAUGAUGGCAGGAGCUCCCAUGGAGGGUGGUGGCAGGACUCCACUGCCGCCGAUCGAGGUCUCACUGCUCACAGGCCUGGUCGACCGCUGGCGUCCUGAGACGCACACAUUCCACUUUCCUUGCGGAGAGAUGACCGUUACUUUACGGGACGUUGCCAUGCUGACCGGGCUCCCGAUAAGGGGCACCCCGUUAGUACUUCCACGACCAGGAAAGGAGCAGUGGAAGAGUUAUAUUCACGGCAGGUUUAACAUGCAUUAUGACAUGAAGGAUGUAGGGCUCUCCAUGUCAUGGAUUCAUGGCCUACCACAGUUCAGCCCUUGCCCACCGGAUGCGGACGAGGCAACAGUUAUGCAGCAUUAUGAGGUGUACUUGUAUAUCUUGCUUGGAGGUAUAAUGUUUUGCAACACGGCAGGUGAUUAUGAUUGUGUGCCGCAACCCAACGGUCAACAAAGAUGGGAUCUAUUUCUGGUUGCCUACACCUUCUACAGCUCUGGAGCUGGGAUUAUCUCCCGGUGUGUCGACCAUGGGUGA